CGAGAGGAGCAGCGCAUUUGAGCGCAGCAGCAGCACGCGUCGGAUCUCUUUGUUACUGCGCACGGCACUACGCGCAUCUAUUCCGCAAACAACUUGCAAUGGCUCGGCUCGCGAUGGACGGGUGCGCACAGAUGUGCAAGUGUUUCCUGAUCCUCUUCAACAUUCUGUUCGCUCUGGUGGGGCUCGGUCUGGUGGCUCUGGGAAUGUGGCUCCGGUUCGGCGCAGAGACCCGAGGGUUCUUCGACAUCGAUCUGAGCACCACACAGUUCAACAUCGGAGUGAUGGUGCUGGUGGUCACGGGGGUCCUGAUGCUGCUGGUGGCCAUCAUCGGUGACUGCGGCGCCUGCAACAACAGCAAAUCAGCUCUCGGCGUGUUUUCUGGCCUGCUGACCGUUCUGAUCAUCAUUGAAAUCGCAGCCGGUGUGAUGGCCUUCAUGUGGAGCGACCGGGUGUCCGGUGAGUUGGUGAACUUCUAUGCCACCAUCUACGCUCAGUAUCUCAAAACCAGGAGCCCCGCUCAAGCCGUCACCCUCGAAUUGUUCAACAACGCUUUUGACUGCUGCGGUGUCGGUGGACCGAUUGAGAUGUUUGUGCGAGACACCUGUCCAAAAGGCAGCUUCCUGCAGCAGCUCUCGUAUUCUAGCUGUCCCAGCAUGAUCAAGGACGUCUUCAACUCGAACGCUCAGCUGGUGUUGGGAGGGUUUCUGGGGACGGCAGGAAUCAUGACGCUGGCGCUGGUGUGCAGCUGUGUGCUCAGAAGACAUGUCUCAGUGUCUCACGCGUCUCCUCCUGCAUACGUGCUCCUCACCUCCCCGCCAUCAGUCGCCAAGAUGAUAUAACCCUCUCUCUGUCUGGGUGUCAUCCGUCUGAUGGAGGGAUGAACGCUUCCGUCGGUCAAAGGUCAAGGGAAUCACACCUGUGUGUGUGUGUGUGUGUGUGUGUGUGUUGUGCAUCAUCUAGAACUGAACUGAAUGGCUUCAAAUCCCAACUCGCUUCUUCAAUCUAAACUGAGGCCGCAAACAGGCUGCCGAAUUCUAAUUAAAGUGAAGUUCACAGAAA